AUGUUUGGAAGCGUAGACAGACACAAAAACAGCUUCCUGGAAAACACCAAAACUGCCAGAGAAGAAAGAGCACAAGAGAGGAUUCGAGAACUCUCAGCCGUAAAAAUUCAGUGCUACACAAGAAGCUUUUUAUGUCGACGGAAACUUCAAAAGAACGCUCGUGAUGAUUUGGACAGAUUGAUUCAGUUACCUGAUCAAAAUGGAGAAGGAGAAGGGGUGGACUACAAACCAAAACUGGCACCAGCCUUGGAAUUUUUCAAAACUGUCAGAAGAUUUUUGUUUUUCUAUAACCAAGCUGAUGACAAAUACCGCUUUGAAUAUUUGUGUCGAUAUUUGUUGAUAAGCGUCCAAUCGGAUGUGACAAAAAAUUCUUACAUUUCUGUAGCCAUGACAAAAAAUGCAUUGCUAUGGAUUCAACAAGUGAAAGACAUUGCUUGGAAAUGUUGUCAGUGUUUGAAAAUAUUGAGACCAGAGAACCAUCACGAUUCAAACAGUAUCAUGCUGCAUUUAGGAAUAUUGGUAACAUUUACUAGUACAACAUCGUGGAAGAUUUUAAAGACGAAAGCAACGGAAGCGUUGAGUCAAGGAAUGAUAAAGCUAUGUAACAAUAUCAUGGGCCAUUUAAACACGAUGGGACUCUACCCAAUUCUGGCCACAUUAUUAAUGAAAGGUUUAGCUCGAUUUAAACCUAGCUUUAAUAAGAACACUCUAUCCGCCAUUAUGACUGUUGCCUUGCGCCCGUUAAUUGCAGCUAAUUUUUCCGACAAUCUUUUGUCCGUCUUUUUACUCCACAUUUUAUCAGUUCCAGCAAUAGUUCACCAUAUCAGUGUUUUAUCCCCAGACACACUGGCGAUCUUGAUAACUCAUCGUGUUUUUAAACGCUGUCUUGAUCUAAUGACCAAUGAACAAAGCACAAGGAUAAUUUUUAAUUCGCUACAAGGAAAUUACGCUCUGUGUCUUAUGGCCAAUUUGAUACAACUCGGUUUCUCCGAACUGGAAGGCCUGAUAGAAAAUACUUUAAACUUUAUGUGCGUGAUGAUUCGACUGCUAGAUGGAUGUCAGAAGUAUGUGUUAAGUAAAAAGUCAAAUUUGACUCACUGGCAUCCAGUUUUAGGCUGGUUUUCUCAAGCUACUGAUAAAAGUUUACACGAGGCAAUGCACUUCGUCGUCAAACAAUUACAACUUUUAUGGAGUGACAAAAUGAUCAGAAUUUUGUUCACAGAUCUGAUAGAAUAUGUCGAAAUCUCUGAAUUGAAAUCAGCUCCGAAAGCUUCACCUAGUCGAAACAUUAUCAAGAAAGUUAUUGAGAAAGCUUCACAGAAAAAUGACGCUCCGAAGAUAAAACUGGAAAGUUCGAUGUCCACAACAACUUGUUUGGCCUGUAAUUUAUACCGUACCACUCUACAAACUUUAUCUCAAUUAAAAAUGGACGUCAUUGGAGGGCUGAGUUAUAACGAAGUCUUGCUACCAAAUUUGUGGAGAUUCCUUUGUGACUUGGGACCAAAUUGUGGAUUGAAAAUCUAUUUGGAUUUUUUGACCGAAACGCCCAAUUCUACCAUUCACCCAGUUUUCAGUCUGUUGACGUUAUUUUGUGAAACAGCCAGUCAUUUAUUGACGACCUUAGAUGACAUUGAGAUGUACGAAACUCAGAGAUUUCUUAAAGUGUCAGAUUAUGUGAAAAUGAGUGAAUUUUUGAAUAUUUUUGUGUUUCGCGUUUUGUGGACAGGCAUGAUCGAUCUUCAAACGGCAGCGAGUUCUGAUGUUUAUAAUUCGUGUUGGACAUUGUUAAUGAUUCUUCAUGAACGAGACGCCAGACGUCAAUUUGCUCCCAAAAAUCAUUGGCUGAUUCGGGACGUGAAACCAAGUUUAUUUAUGGCCGAGUUGGACAGGGGACGAAAAUCAGUUCAGUUUCUCAUGCAGAAAGUUCCCCAUAUCAUACCUUUUAACGAUAGAGUCAUCUUAUUCCGAAAAUACAUUUCUAAGGAGAAAGACGUAUUGGGAAUUACAGAAUCUGUUUGUGCCUCUCCGCAGUCAACGUUAAUAACCGUACAUCGUAGUCGAAUCGUGGAGGACGGUUAUCGUCAAUUAGCUCAGUUGCCGUCUCGUGCCCUCAAAGGAAUCAUUCGAGUAAAAUUUAUAAACGAACAAGGACUUGAUGAAGCUGGGAUAGAUCAAGAUGGAGUUUUUAAAGAAUUUCUAGAAGAAACUAUUUCACGAGUUUUCGAUCCGUCUUUGAGUUUAUUUAAAGUUACAAGUGAACAGAAACUUUAUCCUUCAUCUACGUCAUUUAUUCAAGAAAAUCAUUUGGCUUUGUUUGAAUUUGUUGGUAAAAUGUUAGGAAAAGCCGUGUAUGAAGGAAUCAUUAUCGAAAUUCCUUUCGCAUCUUUUUUUCUAACACAGAUGCUUGGACAUCAACAAAGUUCGACGUAUAGUUCUUUAGAUGAACUUCCAUCCUUGGACCCGGAACUCGCGAAAAGUUUGAAUUAUAUAAAACAUUACGAUGGAGAUAUGUGUGACCUUGAACUUACAUUCUCGUGUGACGAGGAUUGUAUGGGGAGAAUCGAAACCCACGAGUUGGUCCCUGGGGGUAAAGCAAUAUCUGUCACCAACGAAAAUAAAAUUCGAUAUGUCCAUUUGAUGGCACAUUUUCGAAUGUAUCGUCAGAUUCGAGAUCAGACCAACGCGUUUAUUCGUGGUUUUAAAACUGUGAUUAAUAAAGACUGGCUACACAUCUUUUCAGCGCCAGAAUUCCAGAAACUAAUUUCCGGUGAUAAUACGGACAUGGAUAUUGAGGAUCUGAGACGUCAUACUCAAUAUUACGGUGGUUACCAUAACAACCAUAGAGUUAUAAACUGGUUAUGGGACAUUCUGGAUAAAGAUUUUAAAGACGCUGAGAAGAGUCUGUUUUUGAAAUUUGUAACUAGUUGCUCGAAGCCUCCAUUGUUGGGUUUCGCUCAUUUGGAGCCUCCGUUUUCUAUUCGAUGUGUUGAGGUCAGUGAUGACCAAGAUAUGGGCGAUACGGUCGGAAGUGUAUUAAAGGGAUUUUUUAAUAUCAAAAAGAAAGACGCAGGCGGACGUCUGCCGACUUCGUCAACGUGUUUCAAUCUAUUAAAGUUACCCAACUAUAGUAAGAAAAGUAUUUUAAAAGAAAAGUUAAGAUAUGCUAUUCACUCACAUUCUGGUUUUGAAAUUUCUUAAUUUUUGGACAAAAUUGACUUCAUUGCACACACCAAAGGUAUAAUGUAUAGCUAGUCUUGGUGAGUCUUAGAAUUUAUUGUUAAUUCAGGAACACAUUAGAUGGGUAACUACAAUGAUUUCAUUUCUUAAUUCUUAUUUUGACCAAAUUUUCCCAUUCGGUUAUAUUUGGUAAAGUUCUUGGUAAUGGGUAUACACUGUACAUUGACCAGAGAAUUGUAUUAUUAAAUAAUUCUAAAUUAGAACGGAUUCUACACAUUUUAAACAUG